UUUCAGUCACGCCGCACUCAAGGCUGCUCCUCUCUGCCCACUGAAACAGAUUGCAGCCAUGGCUUUGGAAGACAACCAAUCAACAGAUUACUAUUAUGAGGAAAAUGAAAUAAACAGCACUCAUGACUAUAGUCAGUAUGAAGUGAUCUGUGUAAAAGAAGAGGUCAGAAAAUUUGCGAAAGUUUUCCUGCCUGCUUUCUUCACAAUUGCUUUUAUCAUUGGACUUGCAGGAAACUCCAUAGUAGUGGCGAUUUACGCCUAUUACAAGAAGCAGAGAACCAAAACAGACGUGUACAUCCUGAAUUUGGCGGUGGCGGAUUUACUCCUCCUAUUCACUCUGCCCUUUUGGGCAGUUAAUGCAGUUCAUGGGUGGGUUUUAGGGAAAACCAUGUGCAAGGUCACUUCAGCCUUGUACACAGUCAACUUUGUCUCCGGAAUGCAGUUUUUGGCUUGUAUCAGCAUAGACAGAUACUGGGCAGUAACAAAAGCCCCGAGCCAUUCUGGAGUGGGAAAACCAUGCUGGCUUAUCUGUUUCUGUGUCUGGAUGGUUGCCAUAUUGCUGAGUAUACCUCAGCUGGUUUUCUAUACAGUGAGUCACAAGGCUAGGUGCAUUCCCAUCUUUCCAUACCACCUGCAAACAUCACUGAAAGCAGCAAUUCAAAUGCUGGAAAUCUGCAUCGGAUUUGUUAUACCCUUUCUCAUUAUGGGUGUGUGCUACUUUAUCACGGCAAGGACACUCAUCAAGAUGCCAAACAUUAAAAAAUCUGGACCCCUCAAAGUUCUGUUCACAGUGGUUAUAGUUUUCAUUGUCACUCAGCUGCCUUAUAACAUUGUCAAGUUCUGCCUAGCCAUAGACAUCAUCUACUCCCUGAUCACCGACUGCGACCUGAGCAAGCGCAUGGAUGUUGCCAUCCAAAUCACAGAGAGCAUGGCGCUCUUUCACAGCUGCCUCAACCCGAUCCUGUAUGUUUUUAUGGGAUCCUCCUUUAAAAACUACAUUAUGAAAAUUGCCAAGAAAUAUGGGUCUUGGAGAAGACAAAGACAAAAUGUGGAGAUUCCUUUGGAUUCUGAGGUCCCUACAGAGCCAACCAGCACAUUCAGCAUUUAG